CGCCUCCGCCAAAUACCGCAGCUCCCCAGCUCUUUAGCCCAGCAUACGGUGACGAGGAGAGGACAGAGGGAGCAGCUAGUGUGGACGCUGGCCGGAUGGUUAAAUCUAACCUACAGACGAUUUUGAAUAGUCACUGUUUUGCUAGAGAAAAAGAGAGAAACUUACCCGAGAUGCCUGUUAUCGAGAAGUCCAGUAAUAAACCUGAAAGUGAAAGUAUCUCCAGUCCUUUGAGGUGCUCCCGCUGUUGCAGUAACCCGUGUCCGGGGCCUCUGUGGUGCUCCGAUGCCCCUCUCCCACCCCUGAAGAUCCCAGGUGGGCGAGGGAAUGACCAACGGGAUCGCAAUCUUUCAGCUAAGCUGUUCUAUUCUGAUGCUCAGUUGCUGGUUCUUGAGGAGCCUUCCCCUGCCAAUAGCAGAGUGCGCUUCUUACUCUUUGAGCCCCGGCGCUCUGAAGGAAAGCACUGUGUAUGGAGGGCGGCGCUGAAAGGAGGAAACCUGUACGUUGAAAUCCCUCCUGGAGCUUUGCCUGAGGGCAGCAAAGACAGUUUUGCCCUUCUGCUGGAGUUUGCAGAAGAGCAGCUGCAGGUUGACCACGUUUUCAUCUGUUUUCAUAAGAGCCGUGAUGAUAGAGCAUCCCUGCUGCGUACAUUCAGUUUCCUGGGCUUUGAGAUUGUGAGACCAGGUCAUCCCCUCGUCCCUUCCCGCCCUGACGCUUUCUUCAUGGCUUACAGCAUCGAGCGUGACUCUUCAGAUGAUGAUUAAAAUUACGCUGAGCAGUUACAAAUCUUUUUUUUGUUUUGUUUUUUAUUUCAAUCCACAACCACAUCUUUAUAAUUUUGUUUAUUAAAAAUGUCAUCCAAGCUCAGUAUGGUUGAGGUGUGUUUUACCUGCCACGUGCUGUGUUUCAUUACGAUUUGCACUAGGGUAAGAUGUUAAUAUGUCAGGAAUGUAAAUCAAGCGACACGUAAUAUUUGGGCAAUGCAUCCUUACUGCUGUGAUACUUUCCCCGAUGUGUAGUGUUGGCUUCCUGCUCGUUCUCUCUAAACCCUCAUCAUCUCAAAUAUAUUUAUGAUGAGUUUAAAUUGAGCUUACUCAUGUAAUUAGAAAUGUUUUCAUAUAGAUUUCAGUUGAUUCUCCUGUUGAUAUUUUUUUUUUUAAUGUGUGCAUGAUUUUAAUUUGUUUCGAUACACUUGAUAGAGGCAUGCAUGUUGUAACUGUACUAAAUAAAAGUGCUCACCUUAAA